GCAGCUGCUGCUGUCCGCACCGCCGUGCUGUGGGUGUCGCUCUGUAUGCUUCUGCAGCACCUGGGCCACCACCCGCAGUUCACGGCAGAAGCGAUGAUCGGAAUUGUUCAAGUUAACAUUGUGCGAUAUUUCUCAUUUCCCCACAGUAUAUUCCAAUUGACGAAUUAUGUCAGUUAUGGUAGUUCCGUGGAUGCCUGUCGUGCAUCUGGAGGAUAUCUCGUAACUGGGCAGUCACUUGCUGCACAAGAUGCAAUUACCUACCACCUGAAGAGUAAUCAACACUACUUCUACCCUACAACUGCCACUUUUAUGGGUGGGGAUGCAAUCUACAGUACCAGAUUUGAGCCUGACCCAAGCCAAAGGUGCACACAAGGACGUAUUGGUGCUUCAAUUAAUUGCGUGUACCGAUGGAACCAGGGUCUUUUUGCACAAGGAACAGUUGACGGUAAAGGUGUUGAUUUUUACAAAGGCUCGCUUUACACUCUUCCAGGUGCAGGACCAAUGAAUGGGUACACACCGUUCUGGCAGGUCAACUACCCUGCACGUGGUAAUCCUUAUCUGGUCUCAAGGUUCACGUUCACCGAGGGGACACAAGCCCCAUGGUAUGAUGCUGCAGUAAAUCCAAAUGGAGAUGCCGUACUUAUUAUUAACGGCUUUUUGGUUGUAUGUGAGGUUCAAGGUGCAAUUGAUGGUUCUACUGCUGCUCCCACUGCUAUUCCUACUUCUAUUCCUACUACUGAACCUACUACUGCUACUGCCAUACCACCAGCAGAGGCAUCAGAGCCAUCAUGGAUCAAGAAGCAUUGGUAUGUCCCUCUGAUCAUUGCUUUGGUUGUGCUGGCAGCUAUCAUUGGACUGAUUAUACUGUGUUGUUGUCUUGGUGGCGGUGACGAAGACAAGUACUUGCCACCAAUGGCCACUAGAGAAGCCAGUGACAUGCCUCUGCAUGCACGUGAAAUCACUGAUGACGAUGAUGAUGAUUAUAAUGAUAUUGAUGAUGACCGGAGUGUGUCCAUGGUUCCAUCAGAACCGAUGCCAAUGGAAGAUAUUGAAUCUGCGAAUGUAUCGGUGUACUCGGUGGCGGAGAAUGAUAUUUACGGUGAUGGAGAUGUAUUCUCGAGGGGUAACCGAUAA